AUGUGCCAACCACGCUUAGUUUUACGCUCACAUGACAUUUUGGCGGCAUUUCUCUCCCUUCAAGAACCUUUCCAUCAUAAGAAGUUCUGCAACAUGGGGAAAGUGACUCUUAAAUUCAAGAAACUAUCAGAAAAUGCUUUUACACCUACAAAGGGAUCCGAAAAAGCAGCAGGAUAUGACCUUUACAGUGCUUAUGAUUAUAUUGUUCCUCCACAAGACAAGCUUUUGGUAAAAACAGAUCUACAAAUUGCUCUUCCAGAUGGUUGCUAUGGACGUGUCGCUCCUCGUUCUGGCUUAGCAGUAAAGAAAUUCAUUGAUGUUGGCGCUGGCGUCAUUGAUCAAGAUUACAGGGGGAAUGUUGGUGUGGUUCUGUUUAAUUUUGCUAAAGAAGAAUUUGUUGUGAAGAAAGGAGAUAGAAUUGCACAGUUGGUUUUGGAGCGAAUUUUCUUGCCAGAACUUGAAGAAUCAAAAGUGGAUCUUGAAGAAACAGAUAGAGGAUCUGGUGGUUUUGGUUCAACUGGUAGCAAUUAA